UCGAUGUUAGCAAUAGUUUGGAAAAAUGUCUUCGGCGGCACGUUUAUUUACUAGUUUUCGUUUAUUUUCUAAAAGUGCAGUAAACUGCAAUACCAUCGAGGGAAAAAGCCUGGUGGACGGCGUGGCUAUUACCAAAAAUGGCAAAACAAUAGUUGCCUGGCAUGCAGAGACAGCCUUUCCAUACGAACACUCAAAGCCGCUGCCCACAGUUGCGGAGGUGCAAACGUCUGCGGUGAUCAAGGAGAGUGCACUGAAGACUGCGAUGUCGGCGUUUCAUAGGAAGCAUCCCGAGCAGUCCCGCUACGAACUGUCGAAACUGACACACACCACAAAGCACCGUUGGUUCCCGCGAGCACGCGACAAGAAGGCCAAGAAGACGCCCAUGGAUAGGCCAUACCUGUAAACUUCGUUGCAUUGCAUAAUAAAUUCGUUUACGUUUUAAUCCA